AUGGGUGACACUUUAGAUGAAGCAACAAAGACAGACCUUUUCACCAACACUUUCUGUAAGGUUUGUGGGGCUGUGCUGAAGUCUGAGUCUCAAAGGACAUCACAUUAUAAGGGCAAAAAACAUUCUCAGAAAGUUCGUCUUUACAUCCAAAUGCAUGGUGAGAAAAAUGAGAGGCAGGAGCAUAGCAAACAGAAGAAAACAGAUUGUGUCAGUUUUCAGAUGGAUGGGAGUAGAGUAGUGGACGGAAACAAAUACUGCAAUCUCUGCAGCAUGUGUUUUACUUCCCCAGUUGUUGCUCUGUAUCACUACUUGGGAAAGAUCCAUGCUAAAAAGCUGAAGCAAUUAGGAGAUCAAGCCCUCAUGCCCGCACCACAGCCUGUUUCUGCUUUACAGAACCCAUCAGCUGAGAAGCCCUUGCUGCCUUCAGAAGCUGGGGAGUCUUCAUCAUCCUCCAACAUAAGGUUGAAGUUAAAUGAUCCAGACAAGUUUUGCAAGCUCUGCUGUGCUCCCUUCAAUAAUCCACUUGUGGCCCAGCAGCAUUAUGUUGGUAAGAAACACAGAAGAAAUGUAGCACGGAAAAAGAUACUGGAGGAGCUAGGAGACAAAGCUCCCCCUGCAGAAUCCAGCACAAAUGGUUCCUUCUUUUCAGCCAUUGGGGUUGGCUAUUACAUGUGCUCUAUCUGUAAGGUCACUCUUACAUCUGUAGAAAUGUACCAGGCCCAUGUGCAUGGACAUAAGCACCGGAUCAAUUUAUGCAGAGAAACAGCACUUGCUAAUCUCAAGAAGAAAUCAAAGAAAACACAUGACUCCUUUCAAAAUGAAUUAACAAAUUACAUUGAAGUUCAGAAAGCUAGAGAUCUAGAGCCAAGAAUGUAUUUAGGAAAAGCAGAAGAGGUGGAGUUUCAAGAUAAAAAUAUGGAAGGAAGAAGUGACUUUGGUAAGGUUAUAUCUUCAAACUUUAAGUAUGAACAAGACCAGUGUUCCAGCCUUUUCCUAAAAACCCAGUCACCUACAAAUACUGGGGAAAACAGUUUGCCAGGCUGGAUAUCAGCUUGUGAGCAUGCACUAGAGAAGAUACCUAGUUGUUGCUAUAACAAGGAAUAUGUUAAAGAGGAGCAAACAUCUGAGGUGGCUACCAUGAGAGAUGAGAGCUUCAGCUUGUUGGUUGCAAAAUCAGAGGACCGCUACAAACUUACGCUUGCUUCUACCAGCUCCUACAGAAAAGAACAGAAAUUUCAGAUAAAACAUUCUGAGGAGGAAAAAUGUGUCAGUGAAGAGAUGAAGUAUAAGAAAGCAGCCACAAAACAGAAAAGAAAAAAAAAUAGCGAGGAUACAGAUUUUAGUAAAGCAAAUGAGAAGCAAAAGCGAAUUAAAUUUGAGAUAGACUUGGUAAGUGAGAAGAAAUCAAGACCUUAUAAAGACAAAAGACUUAACGAAAACCCCGCUGAGAAAAAGAGAAAAAAGGGUAAAAAGAAGCCACAGACAAAUGUCAAAAGAGAAGAGGAGCUACUUUGGGAUGAAUCUGUCUUGGGAUAUUGA